GUUUGUCAGUUCUGCGUGUCGUCUGUGGUGAGACACGGCAUCCAGAUUAUCCAGAUAGAAGACAGGACCAUCCUGGUUAACAACACCCCCUACCUCCUGUCAUAUAGAGCCCUACUGUCUGACCAGGCCCUGGGGACCACCGACCAGGCCUGUUCUCUCCCAGAUACAGCGGUGUUCAGCCUUGCCCCAGCAGGAGAGAACACACCUUCCACACCUGUCUCUGUGGCCUGCUGGGACCUGCUGAGAAAGGAGGGGGAGAUCCCUCAGUUCCCUCUACCAAGCAGACACAUGAUGUUCAGCUGCCUGCCCACCACAGACCCUGGACCUGUAGCUGGGUCUGAGUCCUGGAGCCUCCCGGCCCCCAUCAGACCUGACUUCCCCAGGCAGAGUGUGGCCGUCCCUGGGGAGAUCUGCAGUAGCAGUGGUCUGAGCACCAGAGCGUUGGUGAUGACGUACCAGGAACACCUGGGCGUCACCUACGUGACGCUGAACGAGGACCCCUGUCCUCACAUGGUCAUCCACAACCAGACCCCUCUGUCUAUGCUGCUCAGGGAGAACGUCAAGGAACCCCCCAGGACAGAGGUGUACUGCCGCCCCCUCCCUGCCAACUCCUCCCUCCACCAUGGCCUCUACCACCACUUCUCCAGCUUCCCUGCCUGCAGACAGAGAGAGCCUCUACCCACCGUGCUGCUGAAGACCAGUCCUGACCCCAACAGUCUCCAGCCCAGCGACCUGCAGGCGUCUCCGGAGUGGAGCGACCCCGUGGACAUCAACUGCCCCGGCACACAGGUGGUUUUCCUACCAGGGUUUGGCUGUCUCUACAUAGAUGUCAUCCAUCAGGGUGGUACAGUCAUCCUCACCCUGGCACCAGAGGGCAGCGUGGACUCUGUCAUGAGCCUGCACAACAGGACGUCCAAUCGGAAGCUGGCGUUCAGGGUGUUGCUGAGCGAGGCCAGUGUGUCGCUGAGUGAUGACAUCACCAGUCGUUCGGGUUCCGUGGAGCUCUUGAGGCUGACUCUGUCCAAACUGCUACUGAACCUGUGUCCUGCCCGUCUGGGUGACUCUGGCAUGGGGCUGGUCACCGCCGGGAUGGGAGAGGCCUGUCUGGUCGAAGUCCACUGUGCCAGCCUGCAGGUGGAUAACCAGCUGUAUAACCGUGCCAGCUUCCACUUCCCAGUGUUGUUGUGCCAGGAGCAGUGUGUGGAGCUCCCCCUCUGGACCAGCGAUGCCAACCCCACCACCUCACUACAGGCCCUGGAGGAGUUUAAGGCAUCGUGCUUCCUCCAGCUGGGACUCACCUUGGACAGGGAGGGCUACAGUGUGGACCAGCUGACCUUCCACAUCAAACCAGCCCGUCUCUACCUAGAGGACACCUUCGUCUACUACAUCAAGACUCUGUUUCACACCUACAUCCCAGACUCAGCCCUGGCCCCUUCCCCGGGCCCUAACCCCUCGGAGCGCUACGGGGGUCCCCUGCUCCCGGAGACCGUCGUUCGGUCCAUCCCAGCCCUGGUGCGCCCUCUGAGGCUGCAGCGCCUGGUCAUUCAGCCAGUUGACCUGUUGGUCAGCAUCCACGCCUCUCUGAAGCUCUACAUCGCCUCGGAUCACACGCCGUUGUCGUUCUCCCUGUUCGACAGAGGACCGCUCUGUACUACAGCCAGACAGCUGAUCCACGCACUCACCAUGCACUAAACGCUGCCGGGGCACUGUUCAGAGCUGGCUGGGUGGUGGGGUCUCUGGAUCUCCUUGGUAGUCCUGCCAGUCUGGUAAGGUCCAUCGGUAACGGAGUAUCAGACUUCUUCCGUCUGCCAUACGAGGGUUUGACCCGGGGC